AUGGAUGAUUUAUUUGAUGUCUUUGACGAGGCACCAUCGGUCGCUCCCCCAAAGAUAGAAGAGAUAAAAGAAACCAAUAACCAAGAUACUUCCAAUAACGAGACAACUGCUACUGCAACCAAGAAACGUCCUACAGAAUCCGAAUCUGACAAGGACGGUCCAUUAAAGAAAAAGAAGCAGGAAUUACAACAGAAACAAGAAAUCAAACCUGUGGUUUUUGAUUCAGUAGAAAUUGAAGCAUCUCGUGAAGUCUCAGUUUCUGCUGGGCUCUUACCUGUGACUGAAGUCAAAGCAGAAGAUGAUUCAACCACAACUUCAACUAGUGGAAAUAAAUUAAAACUUCGUCACCAGGUUCGUCAUCAAGUCGCUAUCCCCCCUUCAUAUCCAUAUAUACCCAUCAGUGAACAUAAACGUACUACCGAAGCGAGAACUUAUCCUUUCGUAUUAGAUCCUUUCCAAGAUACAGCUAUUUCAUGUAUUGAUAGAAAUGAAAGUGUGUUGGUCUCUGCUCAUACUUCAGCAGGUAAAACCGUGGUUGCAGAGUAUGCCAUUGCUCAAUCUCUUCGUGAGAAACAAAGAGUCAUUUAUACUUCUCCAAUUAAAGCUUUGAGUAAUCAAAAGUAUCGUGAAUUACAAGCUGAAUUUGGUGAUGUUGGAUUGAUGACUGGUGAUGUUACUAUUAAUCCUGAUGCUGGUUGUUUGGUUAUGACUACAGAAAUUUUGAGAAGUAUGUUAUAUAGAGGUUCGGAAAUUAUGAGAGAAGUUGCUUGGGUCAUUUUUGAUGAAGUUCAUUAUAUGAGAGAUAAAUCUCGUGGUGUGGUUUGGGAAGAAACAAUUAUUUUGUUACCUGAUAAAGUCCAUUAUGUAUUUUUAUCAGCUACUAUUCCUAAUGCGAUGGAAUUUGCCGAAUGGAUCGUUAAGAUUCAUAAUCAACCUUGUCAUGUCGUCUAUACUGAUUUCAGACCAACUCCAUUACAGCAUUAUCUUUUCCCUGCAGGAGGUGAUGGAAUUCAUUUGGUCGUGGAUGAAAAGGGUACAUUCCGUGAAGAAAAUUUCCAAAAAGCAAUGGCAUCCAUUGGUGAUAAUACUGGUGAUGAUCCAUCACUGGGUGAAAAAGGUAAAGGUAAAAAGGGACAAACUUUCAAGGGUGGAAAUAAAGAUGGUAAAACUGAUAUUUAUAAGAUUGUUAAAAUGAUCUAUAUGAAACGUUAUAACCCAGUUAUUGUAUUUUCAUUUUCCAAAAGAGAUUGUGAAUCCCUUGCUUUAAAGAUGUCAAAAUUAGAUUUUAAUACUGAUGAGGAACGUGAAGCUUUAACUAAAAUUUUCACAAAUGCAAUUAAUCUUUUACCAGAACAAGAUAAAGAAUUACCCCAAAUCAAAAAUAUUCUUCCAUUAUUAAGAAGAGGUAUCGGAAUUCAUCAUUCUGGUUUAUUACCAAUUUUGAAAGAAAUUAUUGAAAUUUUAUUCCAAGAAGGAUUUUUAAAAGUGUUGUUUGCCACUGAAACGUUCUCUAUUGGGUUAAAUAUGCCUGCCAAAACUGUUGUUUUCACAUCUGUUCGUAAAUGGGAUGGUAAAGGUUUCAGAUGGGUUUCUGGAGGUGAAUAUAUCCAAAUGUCAGGACGUGCUGGUCGUAGAGGGUUAGAUGAUAGGGGUAUUGUUAUUAUGAUGAUUGAUGAAAAGAUGGAACCCCAAGUGGCCAAAGGAAUGGUAAAAGGUCAAGCUGAUAGAUUAGAUUCUGCAUUCCAUUUAGGAUAUAAUAUGAUUCUUAAUUUGAUGAGAGUUGAAGGUGUAUCUCCCGAAUUUAUGUUAGAAAGUUCAUUUUACCAAUUUCAAAAUGCUGCCAGUGUACCAGUUAUGGAAAAACUGUUGGGCGAAUUAAAGGAAAAAUAUGAAGAAAUUAAAAUUGAUGAUGAACCAAUUGUUAAAGAAUAUUAUGAUCUCAAAACCCUGUUGACUAGAUAUCAAGGGGAUGUCAGAACAGUUAUAACUCAUCCAGGUCAUAUUUUACCUUUCUUACAAGAAGGUAGAGUGGUUAAAAUUAAGAUUGGAGAAGAAGACUAUGGAUGGGGGAUGGUGACAACAUUUGCAAAGAGAAAUAGAAAAGGGAAUCAAGAAUUCACUGCUCAUCAAUCAUAUAUUGUCAAUGUGUUUGUAUGUACGAUGUUUGUUGAUUCACCUGUGAAUUUGAUUAAACCAUUUAAUCCAAUGUUAGCUGAAGGUAUUAGAGUUGCUAAGAAGGGAGAAAAAUCAAGAGCAGAGUAUAUUCCAAUUACAUUAGAUUCGAUUGAAAAGAUAAGUAGUGUAAGAUUGAGAGUUCCAUCCGAUUUAAAGAGUUCUGAAGCAAAACGUACAUUGGUAAAGACCCUUAAAGAUUUACCUAAACGAUUCCCAGAUGGUAUUCCAUUAAUGGAUCCUGUUGAAAGUAUGAAGAUUACUGAUAAUGAAUUCAAGAUGUUAUUACGUAAAAUUGAAGUAUUAGAUGCCAAGUUGACUGGUAAUCCUUUACAUAAUACUGCAAGAUUACAAGAUCUUUAUGACAAAUAUUCUUCAAAAGUUGAUCUUGAACAUAAGAUUAAACAACUUAAAGAGAAGAUUUUGGAAGCAGAAGCGGUGAUUCAAUUGGAUGACUUGAGGCAUAGAAAACGUGUAUUGAGACGUUUAGGAUUCACUACUCAGAAUGAUAUUAUUGAAUUAAAGGGUAGAGUUGCAUGUGAAAUUAGUACUGGUGAUGAAUUAUUACUUACUGAAUUAAUUUUCAAUGGUAAUUUUAAUGACCUUACAAGUGAGCAAUGUGCUGCAUUACUUUCAUGUUUUGUUUUCCAAGAACGUGCUAAAGAAGUACCUAGAUUAAAACCUGAAUUGGCUGAACCAUUAAAAUCAAUGCAAGAAAUGGCAUCAAAGAUUGCUAAAGUUUCUCGUGAAUGUAAAUUAGAAAUCCUUGAAAAAGAUUAUGUUGAAUUAUUCCGUCCUGAAUUAAUGGAAGUUACAUUUGCUUGGUGUAAAGGAGCAACAUUUACUCAAAUUUGUAAGAUGACAGAUGUUUAUGAAGGUUCAUUAAUUCGUAUGUUUAGAAGAUUAGAAGAGUUGAUUCGACAAUUGGUUGUUGCUGCUAAAGCAAUUGGAAAUAGUGAAUUGGAAGAAAAGAUGGGAAAGGCAUUAGAAUUAGUUCAUAGAGAUAUUGUUUCUGCUGGUUCCUUGUAUUUGUAA